AUGCGUCCGGUGGAGCCGACCAACACCUCGCUCACCGAGUACCGGACGUCCAUCACCAUCAAUGACCUGAACCAGCUUAACCAGGAGCUCUUUGCCCGGGCGCGUCUGAUCGGCAAGCAGCCGGGCGACAAGCUUGGCAGUGACCGUGUGUUCAUCACGGUGGUGCUGUCCGGCCGGUCGACCGGUGGUGCCGGGCAGCCUGACCCGCUGGAUGGCCUGGCUCUCCUGUCGGGCGAGGCCACCGUGCCGGCCAUGUCGCUCCCUGCCUCCGGAUCCUCGGCGCCGGAGGACUGGAAGCUCCUGGCCCAAGCCCAGGAGUACAUCAUGGUUGGCUGUUCCUCCAAGAAGACCGAGGAGUGCAACUUCAUCCCGCUGGCCCACAUUCCGCGCAUCGCCUCGUAUGACUCCUUCAAGCUGGACAUCACCUUCCACAGUGAGCACUCGCAGCAGUUCCAGAACAUUGCCUCCAUCGAGUAUGAGCUGUCCUUCGACAACCCCCGGCACACGCUGAUGGUCAUCUACAUGCGCUUCACCAUGGUCCUCUGCGGGAUCGUGGCCCUCACGGCGGCCCUCUACUGGAUGCGGCACUUCCCCUGGUCCGAGUGGACCUUCGACCAGCACUGGCUCAUUGGUCUGGGCUUCGUGUUGGCUUUCGUGUCGAACCUCUUCUUCGCCCUGCUGCUGGUGUACUGGCCCAGCUCCAUGCACUACCAGGCGUCCGGGCCGUCCUCCUCCAACAUCAUCGGCAUCAAUGCCGACCUGCUGGCCUCCGGGUCGGUGGAUGGCGGCUGGCGGGUGUGGCUCAAGUUUUACAGCCUCAAGGCGGUGUAUGCGCUGUUCAUCUUCUUCUUCAGCCUGUCCAUCGACCUGUGGCACCGGUACCACCUGGGGUCCAACCCGACGCUGCACUUCCACGCGGCUCCCUUCUACAUUGCCCUGAUCCAGGUGCUGCUGAUGCUGUGCCUGGCCUUCUAUGUGUUCUUCUUCGGGUUCUUCGCCACCCGGGCGUACCGGUCCAACCGGGGCCAGGAGAAUGGCAAGCGCCAGAACUUCAUCCUCCUGGUGUCGACCUGCUUCUUCCUGGUGGUCUUCGCGGCCUACAUCGUGUCCAUCUUCGAGAUCGAGAUGGCCGGCUGGGGCUUCUCCUUCCUGGUUUUCUUCAACUUCACCCUGCUCAUGUUGAUCUUCAUCCACAUGCCCACCCGCACGGCCGCCAUCAACCAGGCCAAUCGCCGGCUGUACACCCGGCCGCUGGUCAACGCCGACGACCGGUCCCUCUAUGGGACCAUCUGA